AACACAUCCAAAUUGUAUUGGUAUUUGGGCAUUUGAUAAUGCAACCUCACAUACAGCUUAUCAAGCUGAUGCUUUAUUAGUGAGCAGAAUGAAUAAAGGACCAGGGGAUUCAGUACCAAAAAUGCGUAACACAAUUUGGAAUGGACAAUGGCAAUCAAUGAUAAUUGAAGAAGAUUUUUUCAUCAUGGAUAAAAAAACAAAACAACAAAUUAAUCUUCAUGGUGAGCCUAAAGGAAUUGAAUGG